UGGCGGCGCUGCAGGCCGCGCUGGCCGAGGCCACCGACCCCCAGCAGCGCGUGGCGGUGGUGGCGCAGGGCCAGCCGCUCUCCGGCGUCGUCGGCUUCUUCAACUGCCUGCGCUUGGAGCCUGGGCCCGGACGCCUCAACCUCAGGUGCUACUUCCUCCCGGACGAGGGCUCUGAGCCUUUCUCUGCAGACGCCCCCGUCUUCCGUCGUCGACUGGAGCUGGACCUGGUGAUGAACGUCCUCGAGGGUGGGCGUUGGGGUAGUUUCCGGCACACGCCCAUUCCUAGGGCUCGAUGCGUGACGCAGGCUACGCACGCUUACAACGACCAAAUUACACCAGGGGACUUGUCAAGCUUCGCGUGGUUCAAAGGGCCUUUCGACCCGGUGAACCCACUGUUACCAGAAGGCCAUACGCUUAUGCAUGUCUAUUAUUCGUCGUUCAACUUUAAGGAUAUCAUGAUAGCUUCAGGAAAACUGAACACCAGCACACUUCCACAUGUACCUGGUCGAUUAAGCUUUAUGCACUAUGAAGGUUCCGGUCGACUCGCUGAUGGUCGAAGAGUAAUGGGUGUGACGUUGGGUGGUUCUCUAGCGAAUAUAGUGAAUGUGUGGGAAUACUGGGAAAUUCCUAGCCAUUGGACAAUGGAAGAUGCAGCUACGGUACCAGUAGCCUACAACACAGCGGCAUUGGCGCUGGUGUUACUGGCACGCAUGCGCAAAGGAGAGACGCUGCUGGUGCACGCGGCCACGGGCGGCGUGGGCCAGGCAGCCAUCCACCUGGCGCUGCACCACGGCGUGCGAGUAUUCGCUACCGUCGGUUCGCCAGAGAAAAAGGAAUUUCUGAUGCGCCUCUUUCCGCAGUUGGACCCCAAAGACAUCGGCAGCACGCGUGAUGCCUCCUUCGAACAGCUGAUCAUGCGGCGCACAGACGGCCGGGGCGUCGACCUGGUGCUCAACUCUCUCAGCGGCGAGCUGCUGUUCGCGGGCCUGCGGUGUCUAGCUCCGCGCGGCCGCUUCCUGGAGAUGGGCGCUGUAGACAUGCAGAAAGACACGGACAUCGGCGCAAUUAAACCGCUUACACGGCACAUCUUUCAACAGAACGAGGUUGAAAAGGCAUUCAGGUUUAUGGCAGGUGCCAAGCACAUUGGAAAAGUACUCAUUCAAAUGCGACCAGAGGAACAAACUACAACUGUUGUUCCAAAACUAUUACCUCUUGAAGCAAGACUGCGUUUCUUUUGCAACAAAGAAAUGUCGUACAUUAUAUGCGCCCUGCUUGUGACAACAAUUAGUCUUCCAACUUCCAGUACAAGAACGGGAACAAGUAAAGUAAUUGACACGUCCAAGACUGAGAAAGGAGCAAUGAACGAUAAAGAAGUACGCCGUGGAGCCAAGAACCUCGUCCUCACAUCACGACGCGGCGUAGUAACUGGCUACCAAGUGCGCAAAUUGCAUUUCUGGAGACGAGACGGUUGUCAUGUGGAAAUAUUCACGGGGGAUGCUGCGACACUGGAAGGCGCCGAGCAACUCUUGCAGAGAAGUGCUUCAUUGGGGCCUGUCGCCGCCAUUUUCAACUUGGCAGUGGUGCUACAAGACGGUUUGUUUGAAAACCAAACGGAGGAGAAAUUUCAAGAGUCCUUCCGCAGCAAAGCGACAACGACGAAAAUGCUCGACAAGAUGUCGCGUGUUCUAUGUCCUCGCUUGCAACACUUCGUUGUUUUUUCGAGUGUAUCCUGCGGCCGAGGCAACGCAGGGCAGACCACUUAUGGAAUGGCAAACUCUGUCAUGGAGCGUGUUGUGCGAGCUCGUCAGGCUGACGGCCUACCCGCCACUGCCAUCCAGUGGGGAGCCGUGGGAGACGUGGGAUUGUUGGCGGAUUCGCGUGAUAACGCUGAGCAAAUAGAAAUCGGUGGUACACUGCCACAACGCAUCUCUUCUUGUCUCGAGGUGAUGGAUGAUUUCCUGUGUCUACCUUACCCUGUCUUGUCAUCAUUAGUACUUGCAGAGAAAAAACACGCGAGGCAAAUGAAUGAUCCUGCCAGUUUCGUCGCGAGUAUAAUGGGUUUCAAAGAUAAAAAGAAAGUAAGCUCCAAUGUACCCUUAGCUGAUUUAGGGCUCGAUUCAAUGAUGGGAGCGGAAAUUCAGCAAGGGCUGGAAAGAGAGUUCGGUAUCACUCUAACACCAUUAGAAAUUCGAGAUAUUACGUUCUCACAGUUAGAGAAACUGUCAGGAAAUAUUGGAAGCAAUGAAGAACUUCCCAAACCCACUACCAAAAAAGAAGCGGUUCCAUUGAAUAUAAUUAAGCAAUAUAGUCCUGUGUUAAAAGAUGAAGACAUACUGUCUUUUAAAAUAAUAAAAUUACCCUCGCUAAUAUCAGAGAAAUCAAAUAAUCAGUUGCCUGUGCUACUAUUCGGUGGUAUCGAAGGCAUAUCUAAAUCAAUGGAGCCUUUUGCAGCAAAACUAGAACACCUAAUACAUUAUGUACCAUUGCCUUUUCGUGAAAGGGGGUGCACUCUUGCAGACAUCGCUUCUGAGGUUUUUCCUCUCGUAACACAGGAGUUGCAGAAAUUUCAGACCAAACGCUUUAAAAUACUUGGUUAUUCCUUUGGUGGAACCAUAGCCUUGGAAAUUGCUUUGAUGCUAGAAAAUCAAGGAUUUCAGGGUUCUCUGGUACUUAUAGAUUCUGCCCAUAGUUUCUUAAGAAGUGAAGUCAUUGACAAACAUAUUGUAAACAAAUUGGCAUCAGAAAGCGAACUCAUGCAACUAAUGGAGAAAAAUGUAGCAUUUUAUUAUUCUACUGCUUUUGCACCUGAUAAUGCUCCGAUGUGCCUGGAACCUGUUCCUGUAUAUACCAUACCCGACGUUGAACACUACACCAUCUUGGCUCAUCCUGAGACAUCAAAAAUUGUCAAUGAUUUAUUAAAGUAAUAAUCAGUAUAAUAAAUCACACGGUUUAAUACAAUAUAAAUAAAUUUGACUGAUACUAAAUGGUUACAUAUAAUACCCAUACAAAGUAUUAAAUGAAUCACAACAAAUGUUACUAACCACAUAACUCAUUAAUGUGAUAGUAAAAUAAAUUAUUCUUUAUAUGCAACACAUGUGGCAUAAUUCAACGAG